AUGCAACAACAAACAGACACGCAGCUUCGUGAUUUCGGCAAUCGCUUCAAAAGUACCCAGCCCGAGUUACCUCAACGCGUUGAGACUUUGGUAAAGCUGAGCUUGGAACUACGCAACGACUUACUUCAAGACCAGCUUCAACAAAAGCGUUUGGAAGCGCAAACCCAGCACCUCCGGCUGCACAGCGUGGUGUGGAAUUACGAAUUCGAGCAAGCGCCGAUGAAAGCAGCAGAGCCGAUUGCGAGCUCGUUGCAGAGUCUUCUGUACGCGUCCGCGAGCGAUGACGAGCGCAACAUAGCCACUGAUGCAGCGUCUCGCUGA